AUGAGUGUUAAUUCCUCCACCACCGAAGAUGGCUCCAUCACAGCCACUGAACAACCUCCCCCAGCCCUGAUCGACAAACCUCCCCUCGAAAAGACCAACACUACGACACAAUGGCAUCUCGCCCCCGAACUCCAAGCCAUGCGUGACGCCGAUGAAGAAAUCGGCCAAAAGCCCCGCAAACUCGGCGUCACCUGGCAGAACCUCACUGUCAAAGGCAUAGGCAGCGAUGCCGCGUUCAACGAAAACGUCGUCUCGCAGUUCUACCCUUUUCACCAGAGCGCCAAAGAUGCUCCGAUGAAGACUAUUAUCGAUGGCUCGUACGGUUGCGUCAAGCCUGGCGAGAUGUUGCUUGUUCUUGGUCGCCCUGGGAGUGGAUGUACUACCCUCCUAAGUGUCCUAGCAAAUAAUCGUCGGGGUUAUGAAGAAGUUUCUGGCGAUGUUCAUUACGGCAACAUGUCUGCCGACGAAGCAAAAGCCUACCGGGGACAAAUCAUAAUGAACACUGAAGACGAGAUCUUCUUCCCCAGUCUGACAGUCGAAGCAACCGUCGAUUUUGCCGCGCGCAUGAAAGUCCCCUUCCAUUUACCCCCCGGCAUAAAGACCCACGAAGAAUACGCCCAGUUCUACAAAGACUUCCUCCUCCGCUCCGUCAACAUAUCCCACACAGCACAUACAAAAGUCGGCGAUGCUUUCAUCCGCGGUGUAUCCGGCGGCGAGCGCAAACGCGUGUCUAUCGUGGAGUGUCUUACUACGCGGGCUAGUGUAUUUUGCUGGGACAACUCUACGCGUGGUCUUGAUGCGAGCACAGCCCUGGAGUGGGUGCGGGCUAUACGUGCUAUGACGGAUAUUCUGGGACUGACUACUAUUGUCACGCUAUAUCAGGCUGGCAAUGGGAUCUACGAGCAUUUCGACAAGGUUCUUGUUCUUGAUGAGGGGAAGCAAAUUUUUUAUGGCCCGCAGAAAGAUGCUGUUCCGUUUAUGGAAGACUUGGGCUUUGUGAGGGAUUCAGGAUCAAAUCGGGGAGACUUUCUGACAGGUGUUACUGUUCCGACCGAGAGGCGUGUUGCGGAAGGGUAUGAAAACACCUUCCCCCGUGAUGCAGAUGGUGUACGCGCUGCUUACGACAGAUCGGCCAUCAAAGCUCGUAUGGUCGAGGAGUGUCAAGCCUACCCCAUCAGCACCGAAGCAGCCGAGAACACCGCAAUCUUCAAAGAAAUGGUCACCCGCGAGAAGCAGCGCUAUGUCCCCGCAUCGUCUCCUGUCACCGCCAACCUCGCCAUGCAGAUCCAAGCCGCUGUUACGAGGCAGUAUCAGAUCAUGUGGGGUGACAAGUCAACGCUCUUCAUGAAGCAGGGCGCGACUCUCAUCCAGGCUUUUCUGGGUGGAUCGCUGUUCUACAAUGCUCCAGCCAACAACACUGGUCUUUUUCUCAAGGGCGGUGCAUUGUUCUUCUCGAUUCUGUAUAAUUCGCUUUUGGCCUUGGGAGAAGUGACGGAUUCUUUCACUGGACGACCGAUCCUUGCCAAACAUCGGUCUUUUGCCCUUUACGACCCUGCAGCUUUCUGUAUCGCGCAGGUUGUGGCUGAUCUACCCAUCUUGGCGUUCCAGGUCACUCAAUUCGGUCUCGUGCUUUACUUCCUCGUCGGUCUCAAGACUACCGCCGGUGCCUUCUUCACGUAUCUCGUCACCAACUACGUUACCGCCUUAUCAAUGACGGCCUUUUUCCGCUUCGUUGGUGCCGCGUUCCCAACUUUCGACGCCGCCACCAAGGUCUCUGGACUUUCUGUCGUUGCGCUGUUUGUCUACAUGGGAUACAUGAUCAUCAAGCCCGAGAUGCAUCCCUGGCUAUCGUGGAUCUUCUGGAUCAAUCCCAUGGCUUAUGGCUUUGAGGCUCUUCUCGGGAACGAGUUUCACGAUCAAGAGAUUCCAUGUGUUGGCCCCUACCUCAUUCCAAACGGUCCUGGAUACGUCGGAGGCAAUGGAGGACAAGCGUGUUCUGGUGUUGGGGGCGCGGAACCCGGCGCUACAUUCGUCACAGGCGAUGCUUACCUCGCCAACAUGUCCUUCAGUCACAGCCAUAUCUGGCGCAACUUUGGUAUCAACUGCGCAUGGUGGGUUUUCUACGUCGGUCUCACCAUCUUCUUCACGUCGCGAUGGAAGCAAGUUGGAGAAGGAAAUCGAACCCUCCUCAUCCCUCGGGAACAACAGCACAAGUCCAAGCAUCUUCUCCCCUCCAAGGACAGCGAAGCACCAACGGAAAAGACCCGUGGCGAUAACGGAGCUGGAGCUUCUGAUGGCGAAGUCGACACGAAUCUCAUGCGUAAUAAGAGUAUCUUUACCUGGAAGAACUUGACAUAUACCGUCAAAACCUCAGACGGCGAUCGUGUACUUCUUGAUAACGUCCAAGGUUACGUCAAACCCGGUAUGCUCGGUGCAUUGAUGGGCUCUUCAGGCGCCGGUAAAACAACCCUCCUCGACGUCCUCGCCCAGCGCAAAACUGAAGGAUCAAUCCACGGAUCAGUGCUCGUCGAUGGCCGACCUAUUCCAGUGUCUUUCCAACGAUCAGCUGGCUAUGUCGAGCAACUCGAUAUCCACGAGCCAUUGGCAACAGUCCGCGAAGCCCUCGAAUUCUCCGCUCUGCUACGCCAAUCUCGCGAUAUACCCACCGAAGAGAAGUUGCGUUACGUCGAUACCAUCGUUGAUCUCCUUGAGCUGAACGACCUCGAACACACCCUCGUCGGCCGUCCUGGAAACGGCUUGUCAAUUGAACAGCGAAAACGCCUCACCAUCGCUGUUGAGCUGGUCGCAAAGCCUAGUAUUCUCAUCUUUCUUGAUGAACCGACGUCUGGGCUCGAUGGGCAGGCUGCUUACAACACGGUGCGCUUCCUUCGAAAGCUCUCGGCUGCUGGACAGGCUAUUCUCGUGACGAUCCAUCAGCCAUCUGCACAGUUAUUUGCGCAGUUCGACACGCUGUUGCUGCUUACCAAAGGUGGGAAGACUGUAUAUUUCGGCGAUAUUGGAGAUAAUGCUGCUACUGUCAAGCAGUAUUUCGGCCGUUAUGGCGCUCCAUGUCCACCUGAGGCUAACCCCGCUGAACACAUGAUCGACGUUGUGUCCGGUGAAGAUGGACCGUACAAAGACACGGACUGGAACCAGGUUUGGCUGCAGUCGCCGGAACAUGACCAGCUCAGCAAAGACCUGGACCAAAUGAUUGAAGUAGCAGCAUCCCAACCGUCAAGCACCAACGACGACGGGAACGAAUUCGCAGCCUCGAUGUGGACGCAGGUCAAGCUUGUAACACAUCGAAUGAACGUCUCUCUCUUCCGAAACACAGAAUACGUGGACAACAAAUUCGCUAUGCAUGUCAGCCUUGCGCUCCUCAACGGGUUCACGUUCUGGCAGCUUGGCGAUAGUUUGACAGACCUCCAGCAGAACCUGUUUACCGUGUUUAACUUCAUCUUUAUUGCACCGGGUAUUAUCGCGCAGCUUCAGCCGCUGUUUAUUGAUCGAAGGGAUAUUUACGAGGCGAGGGAGAAGAAGAGUAAGAUGUAUCACUGGGCGCCGUUCGUUACUGGGUUGAUUGUGUCGGAGGUGCCGUAUUUGCUGGUUUGUGCGGUGUUGUAUUAUGUUUGUUGGUACUUUACUGCUGGGCUGCCGACUGGUGCUGGACAUGCCGGUAGUGUCUUCUUUGUAGUUGUCAUGUACGAAGGCCUGUAUACUGGCAUCGGUCAGAUGAUCGCUGCAUAUACCCCCAACGCGGUCUUUGCGUCGCUCGUCAAUCCUCUCGUCAUCACCACUCUCGUCUCUUUCUGCGGCGUGAUGAUCCCUUACAGUCAGAUUGUAGAAUUUUGGCGAUACUGGAUGUACUACAUUGAUCCCUUCAACUACCUCAUGAGCUCGCUCCUCGUGUUCACGACCUGGGACAAGCCCGUCCACUGCAAACCCCAUGAACUCGCCAUCUUCGACCCUCCUUCCAACACCACGUGCGGCGAUUAUCUCUCUGACUAUCAGAACGGUAUGGGCAAGGCCACCAACCUCCUCAACCCGGAUGCGUUCACAGAUUGUCAAGUCUGUCAAUACACCUCGGGCGCAGAUUACCUCCGAACAUUGAACCUCAAGGAAGAAUACUACGGUUGGCGAAACGCUGGUAUUGUCGUUGUGUUUGUGAUUGGUUUCUAUGGGCUUGUGUAUGUCAUGAUGAAGCUCAGGACCAAGGCUACUAAAAAGGCCGAGUCUUGA